UCUUCACUUCACUUAGUUGCCCAGUGCGACAGUUGGGUCACAGCACCUCCAUCAGAAACCAACAGAUAGCCAAACAGUCAACCAGCCAUGAGCAAGUCUUAUUCCGCUUCGGCCCAGACGGCCUCCUCGUACCGCCGCACCUUCGGCUCUGGCAUCGGGUCGACCCCGAUGUCCUCCCACUUCUCCUCUGGGGCCGGUGGCCGCAGCUCCUCAGCAAGCCACAGGUCCUCCAGAGUCUAUGAAGUUAAGAACAAUGCUAGUCCCUCUUAUUCUUCAUACCGGGUGUCCUCUGGUUCCGGGGCAGGAGGGUUCGGCUCCUCCUCGGCCGUGCGCACCUAUUCUGGCGAGAAACUCGACUUCAACCUGGCCGACGCCAUGAACCAGGACUUCCUCAACACAAGGACCAACGAGAAGGCCGAGCUCCAGCACCUCAACGACCGCUUCGCCAGCUACAUCGAGAAGGUGCGUUUCUUGGAGCAGCAGAAUGGAGCGCUGAUGGUGGAGAUUGAGCAGCUGAAGGGCCGCGAGGGGCACGGCCGCGUGGCUGAAAUGUACGAGGAGGAAAUGAGGGAGCUGAGGAAGCAGAUAGAAGUCCUCUCCAACCAGCGCGCCCGCGUGGAGGUCGACAGAGACAACCUGGCCGAUGACCUGCAGAAGCUGAAGCUCAGACUGCAGGAGGAGAUCCACCAGAAGGAAGAGGCUGAGAACAAUCUGUCUGCGUUCAGAAGCGACGUUGACAAUGCCACUCUGGCCAGGCUGGACCUGGAGAGACGCAUUGAGAGCCUGCAAGAGGAGGUUGCCUUCCUCAAGAAGAUCCAUGAAGAGGAGAUCCGUGAGCUGCAGAGCCAGAUGCAGGACACACAGGUGCAAGUCCAGAUGGACAUGUCUAAGCCCGACCUGACUUCAGCUCUGAGGGACAUCCGUGUGCAGUAUGAGGGCAUCGCCGCCAAGAACAUCGCAGAGGCUGAAGACUGGUACAAGUCCAAGGUGUCUGAUCUGAACCAGGCUGUGAAUAAGAACAAUGAUGCGCUGCGUCAGUCCAAGCAGGAGACCAUGGAGUACAGGCACCAGAUACAGUCCUUCACCUGUGAGAUCGACUCACUCAAGGGCACUAACGAGUCUCUGCUGCGCCAGAUGAGAGACAUGGAGGAACGUACGGCCCGCGAGGCUUCUGGUUACCAGGAUAGUAUCACACGGCUGGAGGAAGACAUCGCUAAAAUGAAGGACGAUAUGGCUCGUCACCUGAGAGAGUACCAGGACCUCCUCAACGUGAAGAUGGCACUGGAUAUUGAAAUCGCCACCUACCGCAAGCUGCUGGAGGGAGAGGAGAGCAGGAUCACUACCACCGGGCCCGUCCAGUCUGCCUUUUCCUCUAUUGGAUUCAGAGAGACCAGUCCAGAGUCCCAGCAUCAGCGCUCCUCAGAGGUCCACUCCAAGAAGACGGUUCUCAUCAAGACCAUAGAGACCCGCGAUGGAGAGGUGGUCAGCGAGUCCACACAGCAUCAGCAGGACAUCAUGUAAACCGGACGAGGACACUUUGGAAACACUAUAUAAUCAAUCAAUAAGAAAGAAUGAAUAUUUUCCUGCAAUGGUUUAUAAAAUGAAUGCAGAAUAUUUAAGCAGAUUGGGAUGAAAACCAAAAUGAAAUAAGCAAAUCCAACCAGUAUACAUCUUUAGACGUUGUACUAUAAACAUGUUUAACUGGACAGAUGCUCAGUCACUGUCUUUGGACUGCUUUUAAAAUAUGCUCAUUCCAAGAUAUGUGAUUUGUUCAUGUUUAGUUUCCUUCCCUCAAAAAACACCUGAAUGUGUUAUUUCAGGUCUGCAAAAAUAAUCUGACGGGGAGAAUAGAGUUUCAAAUGAACAACAAGGCUUUGUCGAGGCCCAGGGAGGCUUUAAGAGUGCACGACAGAUCGAUGGGAGUCAAACGUAAUACUGUCACAAUCACUUUUCAACGCUCAUAUUCCAAAGUCCUUCUGCGCAAACGCACAAGGAUAUAACGAGGCUUUUAUUUGUGUAACUGAUUUAAGGAAGGCGAGCCGUUGUGUCGUAGACACCCGAUGACAAAGGAGGUGUUUGAAGCUGGAGUUAAAAAGCACGUGCUGGUUGUUUGUUUGUACGCGUAUGGGCGGCCAU